AGAAGCCCUUGAACAAGUGCAAGAAGAUGCUGUCAACCAGGAAGCUGUCGUUAGGAAGAAGGUCCAGAGAACCAGCCAAUGGCUGGAGGACAGGGAGGAGCAGGUAGGGUAGCCUAUGACUACUUUAUAUUCAAGGGGAAGUUUCCUCAGAUGUCCUUGAAACCAUGAAGUAUAAAACGGAGGAGGAACAGAAAAGAAAAAAAAAAAAAAAAAAAAAACCAAAGAGGAACUGCGAAAAAAAAAAAAAGGCGACCAGCAGUGAGCGGAGGAAGUACAGGGGAGUUGUAAAGGAGGUGGUGUCAACAGCCUCCUGAUGAAAGAGGCAUCUUUGCAGAAAGAGGCAACUUGACAUAUCAGGACUUUUACCACUGUAGAUAUACCUUAGGAGCCCAUGCAAAGCCCAUGCAAAUACAGAAUUGCAGAAGUUCACUAGAGGCUUAUCACUUCCCUGAGAAGAAAAGCACAUUUUCAGUUUCGUGUGCAUAAUACCGGUGAGUGCUCAAUUGCUUUCUUUCCUGGCCACCCUGCUAAAAUCCAGUAUUAACCGUACGUGUCCAGGUUGAGGAUCGAGAUCCGGCAGCCCACUCAGCUGGCGACAAAGCGAAGUCUUUGCUGCAUGAAUUAGAGGAAGCAAUCUCGGAACAACCGAAUCUCCAGACUGUAAAUACCGUGUUGGUGAACAUUUGCCAGACACUUGAGCAGAAGACGAGGAAAUUGAAAAAGCUGUUUAGAUGAGGAAUUUCCUCACUGUGAUCCCUCGUCCGGCACAGAUGGAAUUCAACAACCAUUUCAAGAUCAACUGAAGCAGUGUUGCCGUAAACGAUAUAGUGGUCAAGAGGCAAGAAUAUAUCAGACGCUCCUGACCUUCAAACAUACAUGCUGGUAUACACCUCUCCUGGAUGCCUUGCGUCUAGAGAGUCUCACAGCAAUUCCAAGCCUGGAACUCACACUUUCCUCAGGUGUAGCCAAACGAAUCCAGGUUUCAUGUGAAAGGCCCAACUAUGGAAAAGUAGAGGAUGGUGAUUUGGAUGUGACUAGAAGACGCAAGUGCCCAGGCCCUAAAGUUGGCCCCCACCCAGGAACAGAUCUUUCAGGUUGCAUCAGGAUGAAUGAUGACCUAAGGAUGGAAGAGAAUGGUGUUGACCGCUUGUAUUCUGAGACCCUGCCACAGUCCAGGGAGUGUUCCACACUGUCAUCUCCUGGACACACUUUGUCCACAGAGAGUACUGUAACUUCAAGUGAUUCUGGGUCAGAAAUUUUGAAUAUGGCUUCUGGUGACCUGGACUGUAAAUCACUCUGUGAGAAAGAGGGAGAUACAAUUUCAGCUUCUGCUAUGAUAAAGAUCACAGGCCAAAGUCCAGCUCCUGAGACUAUCGCACUCCAAGGCUCUAUGAGUGAGGACAAAACCAUGUUAAAUCUGGAAGCAAAAGAAGAACCAGAAACAAUAGAUGAGCAUAGAAAAGAAUGUGCUGCAGGAGACACUGCUCUUUCCUCUCGUCCUGUAACCACUGUGAAAUCCGUUAACUUUAGACAAAGUGACAACACUUCUGCUAAUGAGAAGGAGGUGGAGGCUGAAUUUCUCAGAUUAUCUUUGGGAUUUAAGUGUGACUGGUUCACCUUGGAGAAAAGAGUGAAGCUUGAAGAAAGAUCACGAGACUUGGCAGAAGAAAAUUUGAAGAAAGAAAUCACUAACUGUUUAAAGCUGUUAGAGUCUUUAACACCACUUUGUGAGGAUGACAACCAUGCCCAGGAAAUUGUUAGGAAGCUGGAGAAGAAUAUAACAUUUCUUAGUCAGUGCACUGCACGAGUGGCCAGUAGGGCUGAGAUGCUGGGAGCCAUUAAUCAGGAAAGCCGGGUUAGUAAAGCAGUUGAAGUGAUGAUUCAGCAUGUAGAAAACCUGAAGAGAAUGUAUGCCAAAGAGCAUGCUGAAUUAGAAGAACUGAAACAGGUUCUUCUGCAAAAUGAAAGGUCUUUUAACCCUCUUGAAGAUGAAGAUGACUGCCAAAUUAAAAAACGUUCAUCUUCCCUAAACUCCAAGCCAUCUUCUCUCCGAAGGGUGACCAUUGCCUCUUUGCCCAGAAAUAUUGGAAAUGCAGGAAUGGUGCCUGGGAUGGAAAAUGACCGAUUCAGUAGGAGGUCAAGCAGCUGGCGUAUUUUGGGAUCAAAGCAGAGUGAACACCGUCCCUCAUUACAUCGAUUUAUUAGCACCUAUUCCUGGGCAGAUGCUGAAGAAGAAAAAUGUGAACUAAAAACUAAAGAUGACUCAGAACCACCUGGAGAAGAAACAGUAGAAAGGACAAGGAAGCCAAGUCUUUCUGAAAAGAGAAAUAAUCCAUCAAAAUGGGAUCGUUCUUCAAUUUAUGACACAGUAGCUUCAUGGGCAACAAAUCUCAAGACUUCCUUCAGAAAGGCGAAUAAGGCACUCUGGCUUUCUGUUGCAUUCAUUGUACUGUUUGCAGCUUUGAUGAGCUUCCUCACAGGACGAUUUUUCCAAAAGUCUGUGGAUGCUGCUCCCACACCAGAUGGGGACUCCUGGGUGUCUCUAGAACAAAUCUUGUGGCCGUUUACCAGACUCCAACACAAUGGACCACCACCAGUGUGACUAGAGCACAUCUUAAUGUGUGUGUCUUGAUUUUUCGUUUCAGUAUCUGAACUUCGUAAAUUAGUCAUUUUUAGCUGGGAAAUUAUAGCAUUGAACCAGAGGGUCUCAGAAGGACUGUAAGGUAUUUUACAUUCCCUCUUUCUGUGAUUUUCCUCUCUGGCUAAAAUACAAUGGGGAGGAAGCCUGCCUAUAAUUUUUAAUGAGCUUUUUGAGGAGGAGAUAUUAUAUAUUGUUGUUUGUUAAAAUUUAUUGAAAUAAAGAACCUCAAGUCUUC